CUGUCACACCUUCAAGAUUGCUAUAUUCACCCUGGGCUUUGCUUUGAUACCUGCGAUGACGUUUCUCACUGCUCAGCAAACAACAAUACGAAAUUUAUCGUAUCCGUAAACAAGCGAGAAAUUUUGUGUAAAAUAAUCUAAUUUUAAAGAUAGCUCUAGAACGCAGUGCCGGGAUGGAUGUGAAGACAGAGUUAGUUUCAUCUGCAGCAUUAGAAUUGGAGGUGUGUCGUAUCUGCGCGACAGAAUCGGUGGAGCAAUGUUCCAUGGACGAUGUGGUAGACGCGGAAAGAUGUUUGAGCCUUAAUACAAUGUGUAAGACAAUGUUUCCCACUACCUUCAACCAGCAAGCAAAGACGGUGGAAGGUUUGAACUGGCCGACGAAAGCUUGUUUGGCUUGCAAGGAAAAGGUGCUUAUAGCUUACGAGCUGUAUACGCUGCUGGUUAACAAUGAAGAUUGGUUGCAGCGAAGCAUGGAAGAUCGACACCGCAUUGAAGUUGAAACCGUGAAAACGGAACAAGACAACGGUUCGAGCGCACAGUAUGAUGUUUUGAUUGAGUAUACAUUUGAAGAUGGAAAUACCUACUCGACGGAGAUAGAGCAUCUGGUCGAUGAAACAGCCGAUGAUGCACUUUCCGAAACACCAAUCGCUGUUGAGGAGCAAUCGGAAAAUAUUGAACAUGUUGCACGUAUGUCGACGAGAAGACGCAACAGAUCGCAACGGGAUGUGUCGGUGAAGAAAAGGACCAGACGCAAGUAUAAGCAGGAAUCUGUGGAAGAGGAAACAAGCUCGCUUCAGGAGCAAAGUUCUUUGGAGAAUGUUACGGAUUCCUUAGUGCAAUCAAAUGAUGAAGAAGAAAGCACUGUCUUCGAGCGGCAACCAAAGGGUAGAAAAAGAGGUCGAAAACCUAAAAUCAAGCCUGGACGCAGCCAAGGCAGUGACAAAGAGGACAAUGUGCGGGAAAAAAAGAAACGAGCUAAAAUUAAACCAGAAGAUGAUUCGUCGGAUCAUGUGGAAGAGCUGCAAUCAAAGGUAGAUGUGUACCAGUGCCAGUUGUGCGAGGGGCAUACGUAUGGUUCACCGAUGGAGCUAACCGUCCAUCUGAAAGCGGAACAUCCAGAUCAGAUUCGGACGUGCGAUAAGUGUCCGAAGGUGUUUAUGAGCGAACCAGCUUUCCAGCACCACCAGUAUUGCCACGCCACCUUACGCUCGUUCUUCUGCAUGUUCUGUGACAAGGGUUUCCAGACGGAAAAUCUUCUUAAGAGCCAUACCCGAUCGCACACACAUGUUGCCGAGUUUCUGUGCUCGUUGUGUGGCAAAAAGUUUAACAGUAAGAGUAAUCUUCGUCAGCAUCUAGUGCGCCACACGGGCGUAAAAGCGUGGGCUUGCACCCAAUGCCCGAGUCGGUUCUGCACCAAAGGUGCAUUAAACUUACAUCAGCGAACUCAUUCGAAACUGAGGCCAUUCAGUUGUGACACUUGCGGCUCUCAAUUCCACACGAGAUACUCUCUGAUCAAGCAUCAAUUAAUACAUACAGGCGAACGUCCGUAUGGCUGCGAUCUUUGCCCAAUGAGAUUUGUCUCAACCUAUCAUGUAAAGCGUCAUAUGCUAACGCACACGGGUGAAAAACCGUUCAAAUGCACCUAUUGCGAGCGUGGCUUUGCACAAAGCAACGAUAUGGUGAAGCACAUGAAAACCCAUUUGGGCGAGAACCCGUACCAAUGUGAUCGGUGUGAAGCAUCCUUUCGGCUACUUACGGAACUGCGCAAUCACUACAAGGAAACAUGUCAACCGGUCGAUAAAGGGACCAUUUCAUUUCCCGAAGUGGAAAAGGGCAUUCGGUUCACAAGCACAAAUAUUUUAAAGAUGAGAUAUGAAAAAGAAAUGGCCCAAUACAGUGAACGGUAUGAAGGGGAUUGUGAGAAUCGCAAAGUUAUGGCAGAAGCAACUGAAUUCCCUGCAGUUCAGUGUUUGUUUAAUUUUUCAACGAUGAAUACCGAGAAGUUUUGGCACUCGACGGAUCCACUAAGCUGUUGCCGCAUAUGCGUGGUACAAAUGGAUGAAUACUAUCCCAUGCACGAACGACUCCAUCAAAAUGGUACGACAAUCUUGCAAAUCGCUCUGGAGAAGUUGUUCCCAGCAAUGUUCAACGAAGCACAAUUGCAGCACGACUUGAGCAUGAACUGGCCUAGGUCGGUUUGUUGUGAUUGCAAGCAGAAAGUUCAAGAUGCGUACGCACUCUACGAGAGUUGCCUGGAUAGCUGUGAUAAGCUUCUGAAGAAGGGUUUUUCUAAGGAGAAGAGUCACGAAGAGGUUGACAUCCUACAUGCGGAGGAUUGUACUGUCGAUGAACCGACGGAAGUGUUUGUUAAAUGUGAUCCUUUUCCUGUAAACUUUGAGGAACCACAAGAAUCCCAUACCGUUUCACGACGAACUGUGAAAUUACGCAAAACCGAGAUGAAAGAAACAGCGAGAGCUAAGCAACCUUCAACCAUCACUGAGCAUGCAGACGUCAAGGAAGAAAUUGAGGAUCUCAUUGACGAAAACGAUACAGAAUUUCUAAAAGAUAAGAACACCGAACCAGAUUGGGAACCAACAACAGGUAGAAAAAGAAAACCCAAAGCCACUAAACAGAAAGUAGAAACAAUUCCACGGGAACGCAAAAAGAAAGAGAAACAAACGAAUGCCAAAGAGCAAGAUACGGAACAGGAAGAAUUAUUAGAAUCCAAGAUAGAAAUAUUUCGGUGUCAGCUGUGUACCGGGCCUACAUAUGCAUCUCCAAACGAUCUGUCCGACCACUUGAAGGCGGAGCAUUCGAAUCAGAUACGAUCCUGUGAUAAGUGUCCAAAGGUGUUUGUAAGCGAGCAAGCCUUCCAGCAUCAUCAGUACUGCCACGCAACGGGACGUUCGUUCUUUUGUACGUUUUGUGACAAGGGUUUCCAGACGGAGCCUCUUCUGAAGAGUCACAUCCCAUUUCAUACGAGAAGCACAAAGUGUCUGUGUGCUAUAUGUGGAAAACGAUUCGCAAACAAAGGCACUCUUCAAAUGCAUAUGCUGUUGCAUGAUGAUAAUAAACCAUAUCCUUGCACUUUAUGCCCAAGCCGUUUUAAGACGAAAACUAACUUAAGUGUUCAUAUGCGCACGCACACGAAUAACAAAAUCUUCACUUGUUCGACCUGUGGUUCACAGUUUAACAAGCAUUAUUCGAUGGUCAAGCAUCAGAUAAUACACACAGGAGAGCGUCCGUUUGGGUGUGAUCUAUGUCCUAUGAGGUUUGUCUCGCCGUAUCAUGUAAAGCGUCACAUGUUUACUCACACGGGUGAAAGGCCUUACAAAUGCUCCUACUGCGAUCGUGGCUUCGCACAAAGCAAUGUUUUGGUGAUGCAUAUGCGCACCCAUUACGGUGCCAAUCCGUAUCAGUGCGAUCGUUGUGACGCAUCCUUCCGGCUGUUGAAGGAUCUUCGCAACCACUAUAAGGAGCAUUGUGACGAGAGUGGGAAAGGAAUUGGUCCUUCACCGGUGGUGAACGAUAAGGAUAUUCGAUUUAGAAGCUCGGAUAUACUGAAGCUACGAUACCGGAAAGAGAUGGGUAAACUCAGUCCAAAGGAUGAUGUAAACGAAGACACGGACGCGAAUUGCUAGCAACGAGUCAUGUCGUGGUCAUGUAUAAUCUACCAAGACAAUUAGUUUAAAAUGCUAAAUACGUCCGUGUUGGAUUGCAAAUAACAAAUUACAGUGUUGUGGUACCCUAAACAUA